GUCACAGCCGUCCAUCCUCCAACGAACGGGCGAUAUCUUCGCCUAAGCGAACCGGAGUUCCAAAGGAUUUCGCGAUCCCCACCCAUCUCCCCCUCUCCCAUGGCAGAGCCGCCGCCGCCCCCGUCGCAGUCGCCGGCGCAGACGCCGCCGCCCACGCAGCAGCAGACGCCCGCGGCAACCGCGCGGGAUGAAAUGAUGGCGUGCGUGGCUGCGCUGGAGGCAGCGCUGCUGCCGUGCCUCCCCGCGCGCGAGCUGCAGGCCGUCGACCGCUCCCUCCAGUCCUCCCACCAGAUUGAUGUGGAGAGGCACGCGAGGGAUUUCAUGGAGGCCGCCAAGAAGCUUCAGUCUUACUUCAUCACCAUGCAGCGCGAGGACCAACCAACAGACGAAGAACUGCUUCGUAAGGAGAUUACUACAAUGGAGGAAGAACUGAAGACCAAGUCUGAGCUCAUUGCCAAGCACAAGAGUCUCAUUGAAGGGUGGCAGAAAGAACUAAAGGUCCAGCUGGGCAAGCACAACACCGAGCUCGAAAGAGUUUGAUUCUGCCAUGUACAUUUCCUAUUUCGACCAGAAUGACCAUGAAAUUCUGUGUGGCUGAAUGUUACAGUUGUCCCUGGAAAAAUUGUGUCAGCCUAGAGACAAGCCAGCAUAACUAAUGUUUAGGAUCUAACCAGUCAAUUGUUCAUCGAUAUCUUGUUCCGUUGUGGAACAUGUAA